GAAUAUAUCUGUUUCCCAUUCGGGUCUCUCUUAAACCUCUAAAACCCCUGCAUAAAAAACCUAAAUUCAAGACACCGUUGGUAAACCUCUGCAUAAAAACCCAAAUCAAGAAACCGUUUCAGUUCACUCUCACGCGCUAAAAUCACAGCCCGUAUUCCAUUACGAGCCCGAGGAACUCCGAUAAAAUUUAACGGAGUAAUCGAAGAUGUACUCCAGAGUUCGACGGCUGCGCCGUAUGUUUUGGGUUUUGCCCAAGAUUUAUCCGGGUGCUUCUCAUCGGUUAUCUGGGGCGGGCAUUAAUGUUUUGGCGGAUGGUCGUUCGACUGCUUCCUGGUUUAAUGGGAGCAAUAGCAUCUAUAGGAGGCUAGAAUUAACAGGCUGUCAAGGGCAGAGGUAUUCCACUGUAUCAGAAACAAAACAUAAGAUGCUUAUCACGGAUGAUGUUUUAUCCUUCAUUCGAUCUUCUCUUCAUCAGCCUAGAGGUACUUUCCACUGCUGGUUGAAUAAAACUGCGGGAAGCAAGAAUUUGUUUAAGGAAGAUGGAAUUUUCCUCGUUCUCAUUGGUAAAUAUCUUGAAGGUUCUUCAGAAGCUGGUCAAAAUACUUUCAAAAUGUUUGAAAAAGCAAAAUCACUUUUACAGAGGUACCCUUCCCUUCAAGUUGUGGGUUUACAGUAUGGCAAAUCAAUUCGUUUAAAUAACACUACUACACAUAUGCUCCAGAGAAUCAUCAAGGAAUUUGUUACUUUUCCUAUCUUGUUGUCUAACAAGAAUAUCUUUGAGAUGGAAAAUGUAUCCUGCUACAUCAUAUCCAAAGGUUUCCAGACUCCUAUUGUCUACCCGGGCGAGGAUGUAGAUCUUAAGGUGCUUGAUCAAGCCAUUCAUGAAUUGAAUGCAGAAUAUGGCAAAGGAGCUAAUGUUGAGGAUAUGAAAAGCAGUUGGGUCAAGCCCGUUGAAGUUGUUAAGGAACCAGAUGUUUGUUCUGCUUCACGAAACUUACUGUUUUCUUUCCCAGGUUGCAUUUCAGCUGAUGAGAAUGGCAAUCACUUGUUCCUUUCUGAUGUUAAUCACCACAGGAUUAUUGUAUUCAAUAGCAAUGGGAAAAUUUUAGAUGCUAUUGGAUCUUCUCCUGGAUUUGAGGAUGGAGAGUUUGAGAUUGCAAAGUUAAUGCGGCCUGCAGCUUCAUUUUAUCAUGCUUCUGAGGAUUGCCUAUAUUUUGUGGAUUCUGAGAACCAUGCCAUCAGGAGAGCUGAUAUGGGGAGGAGGAUUGUGGAGACGGUUUUUCCAGUAACUGAUGGUAUUAAGAAGAAUAAAGGUUUAUGGAAAUGGAUUCUGGAUAAGAUAUGGGUGAAAUGGAAUAUAAAGGCGAAAUCUGAGGAGUUCAAUUCUGAUUCAUUUUUGUUUCCUUGGCAUAUACUGAGGUCAUCAAACAGUGAUGUCGUUGUACUCAACCAAAGCCUUGGAACUCUAUGGAUAAUAGAUCUGGAAUCAGGCUCUAUCAGAGAAGUUCUAAAAGAAUCUUCAAAGAUCUUGGAGAUCUGUGGGCAGAUGAUCAUGGAGAAAUGCAUUCCAUUGGGACAGCUGCCUGCUUUUUGGUUACAGCAGCAGGUUGAUACCACUUGUCCAUUUGAGGGAAUUCCAUAUGCUGGUCUUAUGUCUUCUGUGGCAACUUGUCAGGACCAUGUUGUACUCUGCGAUAUGGUUGGUCAGACAGUGGUUAAGUUGAGCAAAGAAUCUGGAUCAGCAACUAGCUUUCAGUUCUCAAACUUUGGAGUCCUUGGGCUUCCUUAUUGGCUAGCAUCCUCCUUGGAGCAAGUAUAUGCUGUUGAUGAUCAAUCAGGAGACCUGGAUCAUUCACAAUGUUUUCGUUUAUUGCCAGGGAAAGUUGACAUAGACUUGAAUGUCGAUGUCCCACAACACACUUAUCUAGUGGAACAACCACAAGAAGGAUGCAUAUGGCGUCAGGCUAGAGGGGCAGCAGCUGAAAUCUCAGGAGUAGAGAACAAGGCUUCAUCUUCAGAAAAGGUGGGUGUCGCUCAGCAGUGGUAUGAUGAAAUUGAUAACCUUAGCUUUUCAACACCACCAGAAGAAUCAAGUAGGCAAGAAAAUAGCAGACACCCAGGUGAAGAAGUGCAGGAUGGGAGAGUCCGUAUUGGUGCCACAAUCAACACUAGCCCUGGAACAAGUGAGGUUAUUAUUUAUGCUGCACUUUACUUGAGGCUGAAAAAGAGUUCAAACCCACACCUUGAUACUCGAGAGAGCAAAGCAGCAAGGAUAGCUGAGAUCUUGGAGCCCAAGAGAAAAUCAAAAAAGGAUCUAUUUGUUAAGUUGAUGAUGAUGUCAGAUAGAGAUAUCGAAGAACUCAUAUUCAUGAGACCUCUACAUGUGAGGCUCAAGUUUAAUUGUCGUGACCACCCAAAAGCAGAUAACACAAAAGGCGUAAUUCUAACUGAUUCCUCCGUGAAAGUUCAUGUUACCCUGUAAGUAGCCAUUAUUUUCGUUACCUGUCGGUCAUGCAUAAUGAAGGCAGCUGCAUUGUAACUUUAUUGUUGUAUAAGAACAGUGGCAACCUUUUUCCUGUCACUCAAAGGUGGAAUUACGCCUUAAUUUGUGUUUCCUGGUACAGUGUUACAGACUGUAGUCUCAUAGACUGGAUCAGUUAGAAGUGAUGGAACUUGGAUAUCGAGUUCUUUCGACUGUUCUCGUUAUUCAAUUAAGUUUAGCGGUUUCAUCAUCAUUUUUUAUAUUUCUCAAUUCAAAUUCUUGAGUUUGAGCAUGAAAUGCCCCAAGCUGCAAGUUUUUUUGAUGUGACAUCAGAGGUGGCCCUGAUUGAGUUUGGGAGAAUUGGAAUAAGCAGAGGGAAACGUACUGAGGUUGAAAAAGAAAGUAAAAAACAGGUUUUAAGGAUAUCGCCAUGUUUGAUUGUAGCAGUUGUACGAGAAUAUUUUCCAUAGGUUGAAGUUAUGUCAUGCAACUAUGUUAGCUAUGUCUUUGGUGUUUCUUUAUUGUUGUAGAUUUACACUUUUAUCCAAUGAAAAAAGAAAUGUAAUGGGGAUUUAUGUUUUUUGCAA